AUGUAUAACAUUAUUCUAUCUGGAAACAUCAUGAACAGGCAUGAAGCAGACUUCAUCAAGAAAAUUGUAAAAUAUAUUUUGAGUGUGUUGAAUCACGCGUACUUGCAUGUAGCUACCCAUCCCGUUGGAAUAGAUACACGUAUGGAAUACAUGAAUUCUUUGUUGAGUGUUGGAACUAAUGAUGUCCGCACAGUAGGGCUAUGCGGAAUGCGCGGAAUAGGUAAGAGAGCAAUUGCCAAAGCUGUUUUUAAUCAUUUCUUCCAUUCUUUUGAAUGCAAAAGUUUUCUAGCAAAUGUUAGGGAGAAUUUUAAGCAGCAAAAGAAUCAAAUUCGAUUGCAAGAGCAGUUUCUUUCUGAUAUACUAAAGACAGAAGUGAGAAAGGUGGGAAAUGUUGAUCGAGGAAUUGAGGUGAUAAAAAAUAGGUUAUGCAAUAGAAGGGUUCUUCUUGUUCUAGAUGAUGUGGAUCAACUAGAUCAUCUGACUGCAUUUAGUUGCCACUCGAAGAGUGCGAUGAAAGAUUGCUUUGGUCCAGGAAGCAGAAUCAUCAUAACAACGAGACACGAGCAUUUGCUAAAGCAUAUUGAAGUAAAUGACAUAUACAUGGUGGAGAAAUUGAAUGAUAAUGAAUCUCUUGAGCUCUUUAGUUGGCAUGCCUUCCAGAGACGUGAUCCUGUGGAAGGUUACGCUCAUCUCUCGAAAGAUGUAGUAGGUUACUCCAAAGGAUUGCCCUUAGCCCUUGAAGUUUUGGGUUCAUAUCUAAGAGAGUUCAACAGUAUAGCUGAAUGGGAAAACGCAUUGGAGAAAUUGAAAAAAAUUCCUCAUAGCAAAAUUCAAGAGAAUCUUAAAAUAAGCUUUGAUGCAUUGGAUCAUUGUCAAAAAAAGAUAUUCCUUGAUAUUGCAUGCUUCUUUAUUGGAAUGGAUAAAGACUGCGUCACAAGAGUGCUAGAUGGUUGUGAUUUAUUCGCAACAAGCGGUAUUGGUGUCCUCAGUCGUAGGUGCCUUGUAACAAUAAACGAAGCUAACAAGCUAAUGAUGCAUGAUCUGCUCAGAGACAUGGGAAAAGAAAUUGUUUGCCAAGAAUCUGUUGACGACCCUGGUCAACGUAGCAGAUUGUGGCAUUGUGAGGAUGUCCUUGAUGUACUGAGAAAUUGCACUGUAAGAGGAACACACCAAAUUGAAGGCUUCCUCUUAAAUAUGGAUGGACCAAUAAAGGUAGAUUUAAGGGCAUUUGCAAGAAUGCACAAUUUAAGGUUGCUACAACUCAAUAAUGUAAACCCCACUGGAGGCUAUGAACAUUUUUCUAAGAAAUUGAGAUGGCUAUGCUGGCAUGUAUUCCCUCUAAAUUCAAUACCAACUAACUUCUAUCAAGAGAAGUUAGUUGCCAUUGACAUGCAGUAUAGCAAACUGAGACAAGUUUGGAAGGAUAACAAGGUAUAA